CUCCGAAUAGUAGAUUGAUGCACACAAGGGAAUCUCUCUCCUAUUGUGAGUGGAGAAAGGAGAGGAAGUGUAUGAGGUAAACCGUGCUUUAUGACAAGACAAAUAUCCAGGAGUUCAGACAGGAGAAUACUGGUAUAUCUGAGAUGGCAAAGCCUCCACCUCUGGUACCCCACCACAGGAACAUCUAUAUGGGCAAGCCUGAGGAAAGUGAGCCCCAGAGGAGAUGGAACUAUGGUCCCUCUCCCUCAGACCCAUCUGGCCCAGGGGUUGGUGAAGGCAGAAAGCCAGGCACAGCACAGAAACCGCCCCCUGUGACACAGAAUAAGUGGUCGGUGGGACGUGAUCCUCCACAAGAAGGUGGUUGUGACCCUCAGGAUGGGGCGAGUGUGUCUGAAUUCAUUAAGAAGUUUGAAGCUAAAGAGGACCAGAACAAGCAGCUGGUGGUGCGUCAUCCUCUUGGCCCGCCUGCCGUCAUUGACAGAGAGGACUCCAAUCCCCCUCUCUAUGAAAAGGUUUUGGUUACGCGGGAAACUCGUACGAAGCCAGGCACAGCACAGAAACCGCCCCCUGUGACCCAGAAUAAGUGGUCGGUGGGACGUGAUCCUCCACAAGAAGGUGGUUGUGAACCUCAGGAUGGGGGGAGUGUGUCUGAAUUCAUUAAGAAGUUUGAAGCUAAAGAGGACCAGAACAAGCAGCUGGUGGUGCGUCAUCCUCUUGGCCCGCCUGCCGUCAUUGACAGAGAGGACUCCAAUCCCCCUCUCUAUGAAAAGGUUUUGGUUACGCGGGAAACUCGUACGUUUGGGUUGCCUGCCGUCGUUGACAGAAAACAAUCCAGUGACUAUAUCUAUGAAGAGGUUUUUGUUACGCAGGAAACUCGUACGGUAGCAGUUCACCAACAGAUAUGUGCAACCUAUGUUCACUGUGUAAGGCCACCUCCUCCAUUACCGUUAAAGCAGUCACUCCCUCUGAAAGGCAGAAUCAAAACACUCUCAAAAAGCAGCAUUAGUGAAGAGGAUCAAGAAGAUAACAUCAAGGAUGCAGAUCGUCUGAUGGAAUGGUGGGAGAAGGUUAAAAGUGAACCAUGGAAAGAUCUGUCUAAUGACCCUAAACUGGCCAAGAAGGGAGAAGCAAAACUGUUCAAAAAGAAAGCACAGCGGUUCCAGAAUGCAUUGCAGUUGUACAACCUCCUCCUGACUAAGCAUGGGAAGACCCUAAAGAACCACAUAAUUGACCUCUUCAGCAUCGCAGACAACUUAGACAAGGUUUCCAAGGGAACCAAGAUCGCUGGCAUCACCGGGGGCGCCACGGGGGCGGUUGGAGGGGUGGCGGCUGUAGCAGGGGUGAUCUUCGCCCCCGUCACCCUAGGGGCAUCACUGGCCUUGACAGUGCUCGGAGUCGGUGUAGCUGCAGCUGGAGGGGUCACAGGGGCCUCUGCAGCUAUUGCUAACAAAGUGAGCAGUGCACUGGACAGGAAGAAGAUUGAGCUGAUCCUCCAGGACUACCUGGUCCUGAUGGGUAACAUUGAAGACUGCUUGAGGUUCAUCAACGUGGGCAUGGAGCAUCUGAGGAAGCACAACCUUUCAACUCUCCAGGAGGUUGACACAGAGGCCGUCAGAGUGGUCAGGGUGGCCAUAGUGACAGGAGUGGGUAGCUCCAGUGCCAUAGAUGCCAGCAGUAAGGCAGUGGGGAUGCUCCAAGGCUUUGCUCUAGGCAUGGAUAUCUAUUUUACCCUGAAGAAGGAUGGCAAAGGUGGGCCGACGCUGAAGAAGGGAUUGGAGUCCAAGUUUGGGAGAAAGAUACGCGAAGUGGCUCAGCAGCUGAAUGAAGGGCUGGAUGAAGUGAUCAAGGUCAAAUAUGAGCUAGUUGAAAAUAAUCUCAUCCUCUGAAGAAAGGGAAAGGGGGAUACCUAAGUUCCUCAACUGAAAUGUGUCUUCCGCAUUUAACCCAACCCCUCUGAAUCAGAAGUGCGGAGGGCUGCCUUAAUCGACAGCCCUACACACACAAAAAUGUGGUUUCCUCAAGGCUUCUUUGGGAAGGGUGAUGGUUCCAGUGAUAAUUCAAAUGUUGGGGUGGUGGCUCAUUGGACUUGAUGUUAUGCGAUUACAUGAUUAUGGUCAGUGUCUUGUGAAUUGAAUGGUUGACAGUCAGGGACCCUGAGCAGUUCCAGCGCUAGCGUACUUGAUUCCGUUAAGACACAAUAGUAAAACCUAUGGAAUUAAAAAAAUAUAACCUUGCUAUUAAACCAGAAUAAAAUAACCUUUUGAGAUUGGUUCUAUAAAGAAACUAUCAUUCUCCAUGAAGUUUCUAUAAAUAACCAUAAGGGUUCUAUAUAGCCCCAAAAAGGCUUGUAACCAUAGCGGAACCCUUUGUCUAAAACAUUGUAUUAAUGGUUAUUUCAGUUGUGUAUCAUAGAAUCACUGCAACAUUUUCCAUUGUCAAAUCUAUUGUCAUAUAAACCAAUGUUGUGAAUAAAUAAUUAGAAGACAAA